AACCCUGUUUCCGACCUGCGCAUUCAUACAAAACUAUUUUUCUUAUCUAUUUAGAAAAUAUUCCAAUAGAAUUUGUGCGAUGGUGCCUGUCAAACAGCUGAGUGGGAGAAGAUUUAUAUUUUUUUUGGUUCUUGGUGUAUUCGCGCUGCUUCUCAUUUUACGGUUUUUCGUAACUGAUUCGUCUGAUAUGAGUCGGUGCAUAUUUUGUGAUAUUUCCUCGGGAAAACAAGCUAACACAGAGCUUUUGUUUGAAAACGAUGAAUUUGUAAUAUUUAAGGACAUAAAACCUGCAUCAACGUAUCAUUACCUUGCAGUUCCUAAGCGACAUACAGAGAGCUUGAAAGCAUUGACCAAAGAUGAUCUAGUAUUGGUGGACCACAUGGAACAAGGCUUAAAGUCCUUCUUUGAAAAGAAUAAUAUAACUACAACAGACGCUUUAUUUGGCUUCCAUCUACCACCAUUCAUUUCAGUAAAACACCUGCAUAUGCAUGGCAUAGCACCGCGUUCCACGAUGUCCUUUAUGAAUAGAAUGAUGUUUAAGCCUGAUUCAGGAUGGUUUAAAUCGGUUGAGAAUGCGCGUAAAUACCUGCAGGAUCUGUAAUAAAAUUAAUGGUCAUAUACAUUGAUAGCUACACAAGUUUACAUAUAUAUUUUAGAGAAAACCCUGUGAAAUAGAAUUAGAAAUAUAAUAAAUAUACCGGUAUCCGUUAUACCCAAUUAUUAA